CUGUUUUAGAUUUGGUCCAGAAAUUCUUGAAAUGAAGCAAUUGCCAGCAGAAACUGUCCGAAUUCUUUCAAGCUCACAGGUCAUCACAUCCGUUGUCAGUGUGGUCAAAGAACUGAUAGAGAAUUCUUUAGAUGCUAAUGCAACAAAUGUUGAUGUUAAGUUGGAAAACUAUGGUUUUGAUAAGAUUGAAGUUCGAGAUAACGGUGAUGGAAUCGGGGCAGCUGAUGUCCCUGUCAUGGCAGUGAAACACUACACUUCAAAAAUCAGUUCUUCCCAAGAUCUUGAAAGCUUGACAUCAUAUGGCUUUCGUGGUGAAGCUUUGGCCUCAAUUUGUUCCACGUCAGAGGUUCUGAUCACAACAAAGACAGCGAAUGAGGAUUUUAGUACCCAGUACACUUUGGAUAGAAGUGGUCACAUAAUUUCUCAAAAGCCGUCUCAUCUUGGUCAAGGUACAACUGUCACAGUUCUGAAGUUGUUCAAGAAUUUGCCUGUAAGAAAGCAGUUUUAUUCAACCGAUAAAAAAUGCAAGGAAGAAAUAAAAAAAAUUCAAAAACUUCUGAUGGCAUAUGGCAUUAUAAAACCAGAACUGAGGAUUGUGUUUACACAUAACAAGACAGUAAUGUGGCAGAAGACCAGGGCAUUGGAUCACAAAAUGGCUUUCAUGGCAGUAGUGGGAGCUCCCAUUAUGGGCAACAUGGUAUCAUUUCAACGCCAUUGUGAAGAUCUUGAGGUUCUUCUCACUGGUUUCCUUCCAAAGCCUGAUUCAGGUGGUGGUUUGACAAGUCAUCCAAGUCCAGAAAGAAGCUUCAUUUUUGUAAACAAUCGGCCAGUGUAUCUAAAGGAAAUUCUCAAGCUGGUCCAACAGUACUAUAAACUGAAGUUCCACAUGGACUCUAAUCGUUCAUAUCCUAUUUUCUUAAUCAACAUUAUUAUUCCUCCAUCUGCUGUGGAUGUCAAUUUAACACCAGAUAAAUCUCAAGUAUUGCUACAUAACCAGGAAUCCAUCUGCCUUGCCAUUGAAAAUAUCUUGACUUCCCUAUAUGGACCUAUGACUGAGGUUAACUCAUGUCCAACUGAUAAGACAGACACUAUUUUAGAAGAUUCUUUCAUUAGUGAAGCAGAACAAACAACAGUGUGUACGAAACAAAUUGGAUCUUGUAGAAACACUAAUCAACAAGCUCGCAUGCCAUUGUUUUCAUCUAGUAGCAAUAGGGAAAACAGUGGAAGAGAGCUCCAUUUGAAUAAUCAAACAUUGUGUAAUGACCCAUCUCAAGGUUUUACUACUGAAGUAGAGACAUCUGGCAGCAAGAGAACUGGAUGUGACAGAUUUCAGGAUGCCACACUAGAAUUGUAUGAAGACCAACAGAAUCAAUCUAAAGGAAUAUUUAGUCCAGACAGCAGUAUCUUCAUGGACACUCAUUUUGAAGCCAGCAUUGAAGAUGAUCUAUGGAAUGACAAUUUCCAGGAAACAAAUAAAAGAGAAGGACCCAUCAUGCCAAAAGAGUCUUCUGAAAUCACUGCUGAUCAGUGGAGUUUGGGGAAUGCAUUGAAAAACUCCAGAGGAGAAAAUCUGGAGCCUGUUCAGAUUUUAAUUCCUGGAGGAGGGGGAGGGGGAAAACCUCAAGAGAAAAAUGAUGGAGAAACCCAACAAAAUCUUCAUGAGGAAAACAACAACCAAACUAUAAAAAGAACAGAUGUGGUAAAUGAGAAAGUGGGACAAGUCACAGCUUAUGAUUUAAUUAGCAAUCAGAUAAUAAAGAAACCAAUGUCCGCAUUUGACUUUUUUAUGCAAGAGCAUCGCUCUGGAUUGUUGACUGAAAAUACCAAAGCAAGUACAGAGGAACUGACAUUGAAAAUGGAUGAAAUGUGGAAGACAUUGAACAAAGAAGAGAAAAAGAAGUAUGAAGAAAAAGCCGCCAGAGACUUGGAUCGAUACAAAAAACAAAGCAGAAAAGCUGUGGAUCAAAGCAUGAAGAAAUUGUCAACAGAAAAGGGGAAAAACCAUAAAGCCAGAUUGAAAGACUGCUUGUCUAACCAACCAAAACUUGACAAGCUUUUUCAUUCUCAAAGGGAGAAGAAACACAGUAGUUGCCAAGCAGUAAAAAUUGUGAGGGUGCCCUUCUCUAUGGAGUCAUUCAGGCGGAAACUGGACAUACUUGGGCAGAAUGAAUCUGAUCAAGAUGAACCUUGCCUAAUUCAUCUUCUGAAUUUUCCGGAUGCAUGGAUCAUGGCCUCUGAGAAAAAAAUAAUGAUGCUGAAUCCAUACAGAAUAGAAGAAGCCCUUCUGUUUAAAAAACUUCUUAAAAGCCAUAAACUUCCUAUAGAGAAGUUGGACAAACCAAUUGUAUUAACUGACAGUCUUCUCAGGGACUCUCAAUAUAUGGAUGUUCUUUGCAAGAUUCCCAGGGAAAGUGUAAGAUUUGAUGGGUCUUCAUAUCUGUUGGAUUCAAGACUUACAGCAAAUGGAUUUAAGAUAAAGUUAAUACCAGGUUCAGAAGCUCAAGAAAAUCAACUGGAAAUAGAAGGAAUGGCCAGUUGUGUUCCAUACUAUGGUAUAUCAGAUCUGAAAGAAAUUCUCAACUUUGUGAUAAAUGAUAAUGCAAAAGAAGUAUAUGAAUGUAGACCUCUUAAAGUCAUAAACUACCUGGAGGGAGAAGCAGUGCGACUUUCCCGGCAGCUACCAUUGUAUUUAUCAAAGGAAGAUGUUCAGGACACUGUAUGUAGAAUGAAGCAGCAACUUGGAAAUCAAGAUAAAAGCUGUGUUCAUGGCCGACCUCUUAUUCAUUGUUUAACAGAUAUUCCACAGAGCAACUAGCAAGGAAAUAUUUCAUUUGAAAUUGUAUUUCAUAUUUUAUACAAAAUAAAAUAUAAAAUUUGGCUGUUUUGUAAGAAGAA